UGCAACCAGUGCGAGAUCAGCAAUUCCCGGGACUAGAACAGAGAAGGUCGUCGUAUCCUGGAUAUAGCCACUCGUUUGACUACAGUGCGCGCCAUUCAUUCGGUUGAUAGUCGAUGUCAUUGUCGUAACGGUGGAAAGUGCGCUAUAUCAGCUUUGAAUAACAUUUAACGAUAAUCGUUUAUUGAGUUUUCUUGAUGAGUAUCAACUAGCUGAGAAGUGGAUUUGUUUGCUUUCGUUUGGAUGACAGAAGCUGAAAAGUGUUUGUUAAAAGUGCGUGGCAGCAAAAUGCUAUUGAUGUGAAGUGAUAGAAAUCCUCGAGUGUCAUAAUGUCAACCGCCUUCAUGGUCGACAGCAUAUUAAAGGAGAAAGACCUGGAGCGGUGUCCGAUUAGGCGUCACCACACGACGUCGAGUGGGAUUAGUGCCGGCGGGGACUCUUCGGUGGCUUCCGUUUCCGGGUCCGAUAGUGAGUUCGAAGAACAUGCUUCAGAUAUGAAGGAUUCCAACAGUCUGUGUGAUUCUCCGAAGAGCUUCAACAGUUGUCACAAUGUGAACAAUUCGUCCUUCUCGGACGAUGAGUUGGGUCCUGCGUCGGUCAUUCGGUCCUACAACAAUGGGGCAAACGAUGAAAACAAUGCAAUACUGAUGGAUUAUUGCUGUGGCAAAUGUGGUCACUAUCAGUCAGAGCCGAGUCCUUCUGAUCGGCACAGGCUCAGGGUUGACAGAGGGGGACCAGGAGGGGAUGGGGGCGAUGUGGUGAACGAGCGGCACUUUUCCUCCGGUGAGGCUGGUGAAUACGAGUUUCGAUGUGAAAAGUGCGGUUUUAGUGAAUUUAUUGCUUCGAAACAGACGAUACUGAAGGAGGUGGCUAAGCCUGUGCUGAAGUUCAGUGUGUCAGCGAUACUGGGUGAUAAGAAGGAGUGUGUGAAAGUGAGAAAUGAGUUCAUUCAACCUCAACAUCUUUGGCCUUAUAUUCAACAAAAUCUAAUUCAACAAAAUCACCUAGCGAAUACAGCGUUUCUCGCAAAUCACCAUUCCCCUCAUCAUCAUCACCAUCACCAACAACACCCCCAGCAGCCGAAUUCCCCCCACCAGCAGCAGACCCAUCAUCUAGUGCAAAUUAAUGGAACCUGCCAAACCACAGGAGCCAACAACAAUAACAACAACAACGGCAACAGUAAUGGUAGUAAUUGCAACGGCAAUAAUAGCUGUAGUAACAACACAAGCGAAGCUGGCAGUUUGCCAAACAGUCCAGAUCUGCAAGAAGAAGGCACUCGUCUUCAGCAACAACAACAACAGCAGCAGCCUCGAGAUAAUAAAAUCAUUGCAAAACCACUCCCAAGCCGGCCGAUGCCUUUCCUGCAGCAUGGACUGAAUCAUCCGCAUCUGCACUCCCUACUGGCCCACUGUCGGAAUCCCUAUCUGCCGGGAGGUCCUCAAGUGUUUCCACUGCCGCCGGGACAAGGCUUUCCAUGGGCGCACUCGACACGAGGGAAACCCCGACGGGGGAUGAUGCGGCGGGCCGUUUUCUCAGAUUCCCAACGGAAAGGUCUAGAAAAGCGGUUUCAGUUGCAGAAGUACAUCAGCAAACCAGACCGGAAAAAGUUGGCGGAACGCCUCGGACUUAAGGAUUCUCAGGUUAAAAUAUGGUUUCAAAAUCGUCGCAUGAAGUGGCGCAAUUCGAAGGAACGGGAACUACUGGCCAGUGGUGGAUCCCGCGAUCAGACACUUCCCAACAAGAAUAAUCCAAACCCAGACCUGUCGGAUGCCCGCACCGAUCGACCGCAAUCCCUUUCGCCACCCGCAUCACCCCCACCAACCAUAUCAGAUCAGCAACUUCAGCAUCCUCAGCAAUCACAAUCUCCUCAUCAGCAGAGCCCAUCCCCGCAAUCUUCCAAACCACCUCUUCUGGUAGGAACAGGAGUUCCCAAGUCAUCCGCUUUGAUCAACUUCAAACCAAACUUCGUACUUUCUAAACCCCCAAUCGUAGGAGGCGUGGAGUUCAAAUACGAGUUCGAUGACAUCAGCGGCAACGCCCAUCAACAGCAACAGCAACAACAACAACAGCAAACACGGCCGUCUUUGAUGAACAGCUUCUAUGCUAAUGCGGAUCGUGAUCGUGAGCUUCUGCUGGCCGCCGGAGCAACGGGAGGAGCAGUUUUCAACGCCCGUUCCAACAGCUGCUCAUCAUCCGACAAUAUGUCGUCCGGGAUGUAUUACGAUGAGUACGAGUCCAACUCGGAUGACUCGGACGAGGAGAUCAAUGUCACGUGACCUGACAGCGACUCGGAAUAAAAAAUCCCACUUUCAAUCGAUCAUCUUUACCUGUUUAGCGAAAAGAAAUUGAGUCGUUUCCAGUCACUCAUUGAUUUUAAGCAAGUAUAAACACUUGUUAGAUGUAAGGUGCACCCUUUUUAGGAUGAUAAGGCAAACGAUGUAAAUUUGUACAAGCAUCUCGAAACGGUUUUAAAGCAACCCUAAAACAUUAGCACAUAGCCAGAGAAACGUGACGCAGUUCCGUAGGUAUACCUGUAAAUAGACGCCCGUAGCUACUCAUUGAAGAUUUUCGACACAUUAUCAAACCAGUUCUGAUCGUCUGCAUAAGCAUAUGGGAAGCCGAAAGUCGCUUCGCCGUUGACUAUUUAUUGUACAUAGUUUUAAGAAAGAAGUAACUUCAGUGUAACUAAAUCUCAUAAUUGAACAGCGCACCUAAAGGCAUAUUUAAAGGACCCGAUCUAAGAGAAAGGAUGGUAAUCAAGUUUAGAACUUUAUUCGAUUGUAGGUAUGAAAGCCAAAUACAUGUAAUUCCAAAACGUG